AAAAAAUCGUAUCACAGUUCCAAAAGUGACACUCUUUUUGGCAGAGCAUUAUUAAAUACGAGUAAUUGAAUUCAGUUUGAUCAAAUCAUUUUCUAAAUUCUAGGGUUCCAUUGACAGAGAAAUCGGUUUGGUAAUCUUGUUCUUGUUUAUGUGAAGGAGAUAGGAAAGUGACCAUGAGAGCGCACAUUCUUGGAAAUACUAGUGUAAGUCAAAGAAUAUGGAAAAAUAUGAAUCUCAGAACUUGGAAUUAGGGUUUGCAUCGAGGAAGAGUAAAGAGUUGGGGCAACAAUUGAGUGAUGGAAGGAGGGAUUUGUAGAGAGUGUGUGUGUUCCCAAUGGUGGAUUUGCAGUCUCAGUUGGGAGCUCGCAGUGUUGGCUCCGAGUAGUGCUCGGGAGAUAGUGGAGCUCGCAGUGAAGAGCCUUCGUCCUCUUUGGUGGCAUUGGAGGGAGACAAAUGUUCAUAAUAAACGCCCUAAAAUUCAUUCGUUUUCUCUGGACUGGAAUUGCCAUUUUGCAGCUGCUACAUCUUCCGAUACCGACAAUUAUAGUUUAAAUGGAAGGGACAGUAUUAACCAAGGUAUUCCAGUGUUGAACAAUGAUGGUGAUGAGAAUUCCCUUGUUUCUAGUGGUAGGAAGGACAAUGCAUUUCGCUGUGAUACAAUAACAAUGGAAGAUUUAGUUGUUCAGAUGGAUCUUCCUAAUGACUUGUUGCACACGGUUUUCCUCUUUCUUGGACCACUGCAACCUUUGUCGUGCUGCUAAGGUCUGCAGGCAGUGGUGCGCAGCUAGUGCUCAUGAAGAUUUCUGGAGGUUUUUGAAUUUUGAGAAUUGAAACAUAUCUGCGCAACAAUUCUUGCAACAUUGAUGAAGAAGUGGUUGAAGCUGCUGUGUCACAAUGCAACAUGCUGGAGACACUUGACGUCAGCUUUUGUCCAAAGGUAAAUUUCCUAUAAGUAAUAUUUUUAUGUGACCCUUGGUACAAAGGAUGAAAUACUAGAAGGGAAAGUAGAAUGAAUUGAAGAGGUAUCCCUCGGGGGAUAUGUAGGAACCUCUUUUUCAUGAAGUGUAUUGCGCGAUUUGACCGUUAUACCAUUUAAUAAAAAUAUAAAAAAGGCUUUUUGGAAGGGUUAAUGUGUAAAAAAGAAGCUCUCCUCUUCUCAGUAACAAUAGUUGCAUCACAGUUCACUCAUUCACGUGUAGUGUCUACGUAUGUGAAAGAGGUAGCUGUAGAUAAGAAUUUGGGAAUGAAUAGAAUCGGUUGAGCAACCAACGGGCCAAUGGCCUAGCGGUAUCAGCCUCUUACUUCCCAAAAGGAAGUCAGGGGUUCAAGUCUUAGUAGAGACGUGUGCGUGAGUACCAACGAGAAAAAAAAAAAAAAAAAAAAAAAAGAAAGAAUCGGUUGAGCGACGCGACCUAGGAAUGGCGGGAAGUGCCGUGCCAAGACAACCGUAUUGACUGAAAAUUGCAACUUAUUUUUAUUUAGAUUAAUUGGAAGGUACUUCAUUUUUUAAAAUUCUCUCUUUGGUUAACUAAGCAGAUAUGCUUGGUGAGAAUGGGGAAGUUUAGUGCAGCAUGCCCUAGUUUGAAACGCAUUUUCAGUAGCCAAUCACCCAUAUGAUAAGUUCAAGGAUGUGCUUUAAUUCGCUUGCUUUCAAAGAGCUUGUAUGCAUGCUUUGGUUGUUGGAAGCAGCUAGCAUGGUAACUAAUCCACAAUGCCUCUUGUAUAAUCUAAAUGUCCAGUCUUCAUUUGUUAAUGUUGUUGUUUUUCUGUACAUUGUACUUCAUGUGGCUGUUGUCUGGUGUAAGUAGAAUAAACCUCAUCUUCAUUUUAUUUGAAUCA